AUGACGCCAUGGGUCAGUCACCAGAACACCACAUGCAACUCACAUGACGCCAUGGGUCAGUCACAGCACACCACAUGCAACUCACAUGACGCCAUGGGUCAGUCACAGCACACCACAUGCAACUCACAUGACGCCAUGGGUCAGUCACAGCACACCACAUGCAACUCACAUGACGCCAUGGGUCAGUCACAGCACACCACAUGCAACUCACAUGACGCCAUGGGUCAGUCACAGCACACCACAUGCAACUCACAUGACGCCAUGGGUCAGUCACAGCACACCACAUGCAACUCACAUGACGCCAUGGGUCAGUCACAGCACACCACAUGCAACUCACAUGACGCCAUGGGUCAGUCACAGCACACCACAUGCAACUCACAUGACGCCAUGGGUCAGUCACAGCACACCACAUGCAACUCACAUGACGCCAUGGGUCAGUCACAGCACACCACAUGCAACUCACAUGACGCCAUGGGUCAGUCACAGCACACCACAUGCAACUCACAUGACGCCAUGGGUCAGUCACAGCACACCACAUGCAACUCACAUGACGCCAUGGGUCAGUCACAGCACACCACAUGCAACUCACAUGACGCCAUGGGUCAGUCACAGCACACCACAUGCAACUCACAUGACGCCAUGGGUCAGUCACAGAACACCACAUGCAACUCACAUGACGCCAUGGGUCAGUCACAGCACACCACAUGCAACUCACAUGACGCCAUGGGUCAGUCACAGCACACCACAUGCAACUCACAUGACGCCAUGGGUCAGUCACAGCACACCACAUGCAACUCACAUGACGCCAUGGGUCAGUCACAGCACACCAAAUGCAACUCACAUGACGCAUGGUCACAGCACACCACAUGCAACUCACAUGACGCCAUGGGUCAGUCACAGCACACCACAUGCAACUCACAUGACGCCAUGAGUCAGUCACAGCACACCACAUGCAACUCACAUGACGCCAUGGUCAGUCACAGCACACCACAUGCAACUCACAUGACGCCAUGGGUCAGUCACAGCACACCACAUGCAACUCACAUGACGCCAUGGGUCAGUCACAGCACACCACAUGCAACUCACAUGACGCCAUGGGUCAGUCACAGCACACCACAUGCAACUCACAUGACGCCAUGGGUCAGUCACAGCACACCACAUGCAACUCACAUGACGCCAUGGGUCAGUCACAGCCACACCACAUGCAACUCACAUGACGCCAUGGGUCAGUCACAGCACACCACAUGCAACUCACAUGACGCCAUGGGUCAGUCACGGCACACCACAUGCAACUCACAUGACGCCAUGGGUCAGUCACAGCACACCACAUGCAACUCACAUGACGCCAUGGGUCAGUCACAGCACACCACAUGCAACUCACAUGACGCCAUGGGUCAGUCACAGCACACCACAUGCAACUCACAUGACGCCAUGGGUCAGUCACAGCACACCACAUGCAACUCACAUGACGCCAUGGGUCAGUCACAGCACACCACAUGCAACUCCAUGCAUGGGUCAGUCACAGCACACACAUGCAACUCACAUGACGCCAUGGGUCAGUCACAGCACACCACAUGCAACUCACAUGACGCCAUGGGUCAGUCACAGCACACCACAUGCACUCACAUGACAUGGUCACAGCACACCACAUGCAACUCACAUGACGCCAUGGGUCAGUCACAGCACACCACAUGCAACUCACAUGACGCCAUGGGUCAGUCACAGCACACCACAUGCAACUCACAUGACGCCAUGGGUCAGUCACAGCACACCACAUGCAACUCACAUGACGCCAUGGGUCAGUCACAGCACACCACAUGCAACUCACAUGACGCCAUGGGUCAGUCACAGCACACCACAUGCAACUCACAUGACGCCAUGGGGUCAGUCACAGCACACCACAUGCAACUCACAUGA